CACUGUGGGGUUCGAUAUGGUGGCUGGUGGCUCUCAAUUGCAAUUAAUCUGUUUGACUGUCACCUGGAUCUACCAAUCGCGUGAUUGCUUACAGAGGAUGAGCCAAUAGAAAUAAAGGAACGAUGUCAGGCCAAGUCUUUCUACGCCUGCUAAAUUAGGUUAUUGGUUUAGGCCCAAGGUGAACUCAGGAAGAGUCUGCCAUUGCAUGACAGAAGCAUCAAGCAAAGCAAGCUAUCGUCACAAACACUUCGAUCAGGUAUUCUGUCCUUUUAUCAAGCAUAUCAUAAGAUGACUGACAAGGAGGAUGUGACUGGUGCUGGUGAUAACCCAGAGGUGAUUCUAACAGGGAAGAAGUCAGGGAAAGCCUCGCUGCUGGACAGUGGGGAAGACUUUGAGAUGUUGGAUGAUGAUGAAAUUGAUGAUGACCCUCCUCCUUUGGAAGAUGCUGGGAGUGGGAAGAAGACUAAAAAAGAGCCUGCAGAGGACCAACAUGCUAGCCCUUCAUCUCUAGUAGAUGAGUGGAUGGAUAUACUAGGUAAUGGCCAGCUAAGGAAGAAAGUUCUGCGGGCAGGGAAUGGGCCAGACAGCAGACCCACAAAAGGCCAGAAUGUUGUGAUUCACCUGAAGACUUCACUGGCUGAUGGGACUCUAGUAGAAGAGCAACCGGAGCUGUCUUUCACUCUGGGAGAUGGUGAUGUCAUCCAGGCUCUGGAUCUCACAGUGCAGCUCAUGGAAAUGGGGGAGAAGGCCCUCGUCCAAGCCGACGCUAAAUAUGCAUAUGGUGCCCUGGGGAGCCUUGCCCCGGAGGUGCUUCCCAGUGCUGAUCUGGCCCUGGAGGUACAGCUGCUGGAUGCCACUGAGGCCCUCGACCUUGAGCUCCUCUCCCCCCAGGAGAGGGUCGCCCUGGCUGGGCAGAAGAGGGAGAGGGGGAAUGUCUACUACCAGAGAGGAGACUACGCCUUCGCUGUAAACUCUUAUGGCUUUGCCCUGCAGAUCACUGAGUCCAGCUCUAAAGUGGACAUUAGCCCAGAGGAAGAGGAGGAGCUGAUGGACAUUAAGGUGAAGUGUCUAAACAACAUGGCAGCUGCCCAGCUCAAGUUGGAUCACUACGAAGCAGCACUACGGUCCUGUGUUUCAGUGCUGGUCCACCAGCCAGACAACAUCAAAGCCCUAUUCCGCAAAGGCAAGGUAUUGGCCUUGCAAGGAGAAUAUGCUGACGCUAUAAGGAAUUUGAAGAUGGCCCUGAAGUUGGAACCAAGCAACAAGACCAUCCACUCAGAACUCUCUAGGCUGGUGAAGAAGCACUCGGAGCAGAAAGGCGCAGAGCAAGCCAUGUACAAGAAGAUGCUAGGCAACCCAGGCAGCGAUAGCAUGCAGAAACACCAGGCCAGGUCAUCAUGGGGUGUCAGCUGGAAAUGGCUGUUCGGUGCCACGGCUGUAGCCAUCGGAGGUGUCGCCUUGUCAGUUGUCAUAGCUGCCAGAAAUUAGAUUAGACCAAUACAUUUUCUGGUGAUUGCCUGCACCCUCCACAGUGGGACCCCACAAAAAGCAACUGGACAUCUGGCAGUGCCUGUUGGAACUGGUAAAAAAAAAAAGGGGGCACAGAAAUGGCUUUAUCUGCCACAACCUUUAGUGUGACGGUCCAUAAGUUUCUCACACUGUUCUGUCACUGCUUGGGAGAAUUAUGACAAAUACUAUACAAUAAACAUUUGUAUAUGAAAAGUACUUACCACUUUUUAAAUGUGCAUAUGGCCAUUUAUUUCCAGAGACAAAUUGUUAAUUGCUCCUAUAUGGUAAUGAUUCUAAAUAUAUAUUGAUUGAGCACUCUGAAAUGAGAAUUCUAUGAAUGAUCGGUCAAAGUUAUUUAAAAUUAGCGAAUGUGAUAUGGUCCUAUAUUUUUAAAGCAUAUAAUUGUGCAAUUUUAUUGCUGAUAAUUUGUUCUUCGUAUUCUGCUUUUGAUCUUUUACUGGGACAGUGCCAAUGAUGGGUAUGAGAUUAAUCUAGAUGCUGUAUUAUCUGGCCCUGGGAUCCCCACACAAUCUUGGUUGAUGGGAACUGUCACAUUUUUUUAAAUGGCAGAAAGAAGAAACUCUAAGUCAAUGGAGAAUACCUCACUUUUGAUAAUUCUGAGAACAAAUUUUGAAAGGUGUACCUUCUAAAUCCAAUUUUAGUUUAGGUCAGUUUAACAAAAUGGCUAUUUGAUUAUCAUUUUGUUAUAUUCAGGAUACUUGUUAUAUUCAUGAUAUGUGUUAUAUUCAUGAUACUUCUCACCAAAUGAGAAGUGUCAUGUUUUCUCUACAACAGACUAUAUGUAAAAAGACAGUCAAGUGUUGCAGACAUAGUUUGAGUUUCUCACAUUCCUUUAUUUGUUAAUUUUGUAUUUAUUUCAAUAAAAGUUUGUCAAUUCUGUUA